AUGGAAGCAGAGAAUAUGACCACUGUCACAGAAAUCCUUUUGCUUGGAUUUGUCUUUGAACCAAUUUUGGAAAUCAUCCUCUUUCUGCUUUUCCUCCUUAUUUAUCUAGUGACAGUGCUCGGGAAUGCACUUAUAAUUGUACUGAUUUGCAUUGAUCACCGUCUCCAAACCCCAAUGUAUUUCUUCCUCAGCAAUCUGUCUGCCAUUGAGAUAUUCAUGACAACUUCUGUGGUGCCGAAAAUGCUGGCCAAUCUUCUGUCUGAAACAAAAACUAUUUCCUUUGCUGGCUGCUUCACUCAAUCAUAUUUCUAUUUUUUCAUGGGUUCUACAGAGUUCAUCCUUUUUGCUGCCAUGUCCUUUGACCGCUACAUGGCCAUCUGCUAUCCCCUGAGGUACCCCAUCCUCAUGACUGGGAAAGUUUGCGUUAAGAUAGUGAUUGGAUCUUGGAUCGGUGGGUUCUUCUCAGUGAUCUUGUCUACUGUGUUAAAAGCCAGGCUAACGUACUGUAGACAUAAUGUUAUUAAUCACUUUUUCUGUGAUAGUGCCCCCUUAUUGCAUCUUGCCUGCCAGGAUAUAACCCUUAUUGAGCUGGUGGACUUCCUGGCAUCUUUGAUUCUACUGCUUGGCUCUCUCUCAUUCACUGCUACAUCUUACGUCUACAUAAUCAGCACCAUUGCCAAGAUUCCAUCUGCAGAGGGCAGGAAGAAGGCCUUUGGUACCUGUGCCUCACAUUUCACCGUUGUCUCCAUGGGCUAUGGAAUCUCCAUUUUUGUUUAUGUCAGACCAUCUCAGAGUGACAGUAUGAGCAUAAACAAAGCAUUAGCCAUUUUCUCUGGCAUCCUGACACCCUUCUUGAACCCUUUCAUCUUUAGUCUAAGGAAUGAGCAGAUGAAAGAGGUGCUGAGAGAUGUUCUAAAGAAAAUGUCUUUUAAAAUAAAAUAA